CAGACCUCGGACCGAAGCGGCUCUCAGCUCCGCUCAUUCAGCCUCUGGAGCUCCUGCAGAGCGGACCGCCGCUGCUGCUGCUGCUGCUGGACAGAGCCGGACCGGAACCGAAGGGAGUUCUGGGGGGACUUUUCUGUGGCUCACAGAGAAGAUGGAAUGCUUUGAAAGGACUCGGUGAAAGUUUCCAGUUCGGUUUGUGAUGAUGCACCCGAGCCGACUGCAGCCGCCAGCCGCUGCCGGCUGCCAGUGAAGGGCAGCGGGGGAUGACAGCAGCGCCGCAACCGCUGAACAGUCUCUGCGGAAAAGCCGCAGCUAUCCUGUGAUUGCACACACUGUGCGCCGUCCCGUCACCGCCUGCAGAGCGCAAUCAGUUUCUCUAUUUCAGCUCAGCUGAGUGCGGCAGGAACCGGACCGGAACCUUCAACCUCCACAGACACAGCUCUUGUCUUCUUCACUUUGUGAUGUCCAUUGGACUCUGAGAGACAAACCGCAGUUAGGUGGUCUGACCUGUGGCGCUCCGACCCACCAUGGGCACCGUGCUAUCUCUGUCGCCGAGCGCUCGCAAACCCGGUUACUAUGACAACCACCCGGGCUCGCUCAGCCACUACCCGAGCCUCAGCAGCCGCUCCUUGAACAGCCAAAAGGAGCGCGGCCUAAGGAGAGGCCAGUCCAUCUUCCUGCCGGCGCUGACCUGGAAGCGGCUGGUCGCCUCCACCAAGAAGAAGGGGAACCCGAAGAAGGGGCCCGGGGCCGCCGGCGUCCUGACCGAGCCCCUGAACAACAACAACAUCUACCAGCGGGACCAGGUGCUGCACCUGAACCGGGAGAACGUGAAGAAGUCCCUGUCCUGCGCCAACCUCUCCAGCUACGAGGGCCCGGCCGGACUGGGUCUGGGCUACGGACUGGGCCUGGGCCACGGAUAUGGCUACGGCAAGCCGCAGCAGCUGUCCUCGGUGAAGAAGGUCCCCCAGGGGGCGGCCUCCCCAAAGCGCGUCAUCGUCCAGGCGUCCACCAGCGAGCUGCUGCGCUGUCUGGGGGAGUUCCUGUGCUGCCGCUGCUACCGGCUGAAGCACCUGUCCCCAGCCGACCCGGUGCUGUGGCUGCGCGCCGUCGACCGCUCGCUGCUGCUGCAGGGCUGGCAGGACCAGGCCUUCGUCACGCCCGCCAACGUGGUGUUCGUCUACAUGCUGUGCCGGGACGUGGUGGACGGCGACUUGGUGGCGUCGGAGCACGAGCUGCAAGCCAUCCUGCUCACCUGCCUCUACCUGUCCUACUCCUACAUGGGCAACGAGAUCUCGUACCCGCUCAAGCCCUUCCUGGUGGAGGCGGGGAAGGAGGCCUUCUGGGACCGCUGCCUCGCCAUCAUUGACGCCACCAGCUCAAAGAUGCUGCGAAUCAACGCCGACCCGCACUUUUUCACGCAGAUCUUCGCCGAACUGAAGAGCGAAGGCGGCUGCGGGCCUCAGGAUUACAGCCGGGUUCUGGACCGGUGAGAGGAGGCUUCACCUAAAACGCUCCGUCCCCCAACGUCCCGGCUGCUUCUCUGCAUCGCCAAGCGGAACUAUUAUCCAAGAUUCACAUUUUUCACGUCUUGGAGCCUGCAUUUGGGUCUCAACUGCUUCUAAAAACAGCAAACAACAAGUUGCAGUUUUUUGGUGUCUGGAAAAUGAGCCGUUUCAAAAACCUCCAGAAUGUAAAGUCACAAAUCAACAGGCGCCGUCCUGUUACUUAGCAACCCCUGCAAAGCCCAGCACAUUACCUAGCAACCCCUGUGGAAUUCCACCUGUUACCUAGCAACCCAGGCUGAGCUCCAGUGCGUUUGGUCUGGUGAUUUACCGCUUUAUGCACUGUACAAUGGCUGCUGGAAAAUAUAAAUGUUUCCUUCUCGACUUGCACUGCAAAAACACAAAAUCUUACCWGGUAAUUUUGGUCCAAUUUUGCAAAUAUUGCUUGAAAUAAGGUCAAACUAACUCACAAGYAACUUUUAAGCAAGAUGUCUUAGUUUGUUUUAAGKAAGUAAUUYCUUAAUUUUAAGUAAAAAGUACUAGUUCCACUAGAAAAAYGUUUUAAAGUAUCUGCCAGUGGAUUAGAACUUUCAUCACUAUCAAGGAAUUAUUGACUUAAAACAUGAUUCUCCAUCUUCUUUGAAAGUUAGUUUUGUCUUACUUUAAGCAUACUAACACAUUUGCACAAGAAACUAGACAAUAAAUACUUGGUAAAAUUUUGUGUUUCGGCAGUGUACCAUCCAGAAGCCACUUGCUGCAUUCUUGUUGUACAGGACGCUCCACUUCUGCUUUUCAAAGAUGUAGGGUUGUAUCUGCACAUCUGUUUGUUGCCAUAUUUACAUGUGAGUGUAAAACGAUGAGCUGGGGGGGGCGUGGCCAGCAGCAGCUUAUUAGGAUUUAAAGUGACAGAGACCCUAAAACAGCUCAAAUCAGCCAGAACUGAAAUCCCAUUAAAUAAGAAUAAUUUGUGCAAAAAGCAGGUUAGGAUAAUAGGUCACCUUUAAACACCUAAUGGUGACAAAGCGGCUUUAACGGGUCGACUUAGAGAAAAGGUUCUGGUUUGGGAAAAUGGACGGACGGGAGCAGCUGGAGGUUCUGUGGUGGGCGGAGUCAGAGCGGCGCUGCCGAUCCGUGUCGGCAUUGUUGGAGUAGAAGGCAGCCAGGAUCAUCAGCUGUUUACUCCACACACACACACACACACACACACACACCGAGUCGUGGUAAUAAGAUUACCAGAUUACUGCAGCCCCUCCCAGCAUCCCUGCGGAGCCUCAGUGGGUAAUCCGGACCCGACCGAACCGAGCCGAGCCAGUUGCGUGUCGUUCUGAUCCAGAGGUGCUGACAGCUUCCACAGAGCGUCCAUGCAGGGAUGACAGAUGAGCUCGGUUCUGGUUUACAGUUCGGCCCAUUUUCCUGACCUUUCAGARGAAAAUCUGCAGAUUUCUGUCUCAUCCCUCGUUUAACUCCCGUCUCCYGAGAAACCAAACUGGUUCUGUUCGGCCAGAGCCACAAACAUGCAGCGUUCUGGGUUUUCUUCGGUGCUGGACGGUUUAGUUUCAUCCUGCAAGUUUAGACACAUAAAAACUAUAAACAGGAGUGAAAACUGAACACAAAGCUCGUAAAUUUGGAUUUUUACGUCAGAACUUUCCUGUUUGGUUUCAUUUGGUCRGGAAAAUUAGAUUUUCUAACGWAGAAGAAACAAUGAAGCCAUUAUUCUGGUCCAGAUGUUCCUCCACCAAACGCAGAGAUGCAUCAUCUGCUGCAGGCUGUAAAAACUUAAAUCCUAUAAGCUGGCUAAAAAUAUAUUAAAUUAAAAACACAAAAAUGUAGUUUUUGUUUUACCUGCUUGACAUUAAGCCAGUUUUUAAAAUACAAAAUUAGAGAUCCAGAACAUAAAAAAGUGCUUCCAGCUGUAAAAGGAAAAUACACAAUUGCAAAAUUUUGAUUCAAUUAUUUUUAAUUUUGUUGGCCAAAUUUAUUUCAUUCUUGAGUUSUGGUCACCGGCCAAGCAAAACCAUUUCUAGGGGCCCAAAUGGCCCCCGGGCCACACUUUGGACACCCUGAUCUCAUGGUUUCCUAAAAUCGGCCUUCAACUUUUCUGCAUCAAAAAUAAAAACUAUGAAGUUUGAGUAUUGAGACAAGGUAUUUUUU